AUGAUACCAAGCGGUCUAGGUAUCCUCAUCGAGUCACAGGAGAGUUACGACGCCAAGUUGCGUAACAUCGGCCCGCUCACCUUCUGGUUCAUGGCGAUGGUGAAUUAUUCCUUUCUCGUGACACACAUCGAGGAUAUACGCAUCUGCAUCGAGCACGUGAAAAAAGAUUGGCAAAUCGUCAAGAAGAGCGAGGAUCGGGAAAUAAUGUUGAGGAACGCCAAAAUAGGUCGAUUCAUCGCAGGGUUUUGCGCUGUGUUCAUGCACAGCGGUGUGUUCUCGUACAAUACCAUCCGCGGCUUAUCCAAGGAUAUCAUAUACGUGGGAAAUAGUAGCGUAUUGGUUCGCGCGCUACCUUAUCCCUUCUGGAGCAAGAUUCUGGAUGCGCACUUUAGUCCGGCGUACGAGUUUGUGUUCUUUUUACAGUGCAUUUCGACUUUCGUUGUCAACUCUGUCACAGUCGCCGCAUGCGGUCUGACGGCAGUUUUUGUGAUGCACGCGUGUGGACAGUUAAAAAUUCUAAUAUCCUGGUUGGACGAUUUCGUGAACGAAGGAAACGAGGAGAAAGUAUCUGUGAGACAAAAGUACGCGAUAAUUGUACAGCAUCAUUUGAGAGUACUACGGAUUGGGCUCAUGAUAACAAACAGAAUAUCGUGUCGUAUUGGCGGACAAAUUGGUAAAUCUGCUUACAUGACAAAUUGGUAUCUUUUGCCUGGAAAAACGGCUCUUGGGUUCAUUUUGAUAAUUUUAAGGUCCAAUGCUGCCCUUAAAAUUACUGCCGGAAAGAUUGUUCAGCUCUCAUUUUCCACUUUCGGUGAUGUAAUUAGAUCUGCAUUAACAUAUUUAAAUUUACUUCGGCAAGUAAUCACAUAA